GCGCUAAUUCGGAUGUUGCGGCAGAAGACGACAGCGACAGCAGCAGCAGCAGCUAACUCAAAACAAGCGAGGCGAACUGAACAGCCUUCCAACGCUUAACCCAUCGAGCUCGGCUAUGACACUAAUCAAAUUAUGCAGUAUUUCAAAUACGGAGGUGUCGUCAAGAGAUAUGGAUACUGUUUACUCCUGUCUCAUCUUGAAAACAUUCCCCGGUGUCUAGCUAAACAGCUGCUUGUCACCGACUGCUCACGUUAGAUUAGUUCUUCUUUCGUUUUUCUCGCACAGUGGCUAACGUUAGCUAGCUUGCUACGAAGCUAAUCUCCAGCUAGCUAGUUAGCUAGAUAACGCUAAAUUUCGGACUUAUUUGGGUCGGCACAGCCCACGAAGAAAAUCAUUCAACAGAAAUGGGAAUUAUUUUCACAAAGUUAUGGAGGCUUUUUAACCACCAAGAGCAUAAAGUCAUCAUUGUUGGGCUGGACAAUGCGGGGAAGACAACAAUACUCUAUCAAUUCUCUAUGAAUGAGGUGGUGCACACUUCACCCACAAUAGGAAGCAAUGUGGAGGAGAUUGUGGUGAACAACACCCAUUUCCUCAUGUGGGACAUUGGAGGCCAGGAAUCUUUACGUUCCUCCUGGAAUACCUACUACACUAACACAGAGUUUGUGAUUGUUGUGGUGGACAGCACAGACAGGGAGAGGAUCUCUGUGACCAGAGAAGAGCUCUACAGAAUGCUAGCUCAUGAAGACCUUAAAAAGGCUGGUUUGUUGGUGUUUGCUAACAAGCAAGAUGUGAAGGGUUGUAUGACGGUGGCGGAAAUUUCACAGAGCCUACAGCUAACUUCUGUUAAGGACCAUCAGUGGCACAUCCAGGCCUGUUGUGCUCUCACAGGGGAAGGGCUCUGUCAGGGACUAGAGUGGAUGAUGUCACGACUGCGAGUGAGAUGACCUCUGACCCUAGCGAGCAGUGCACACUCUUUCUCCUCCCUGUGUGGAGGCUGACUGUCACUCACUGUGAAGGUGACUCAGCGAGGUCACCAGGACUUGUGUGAUUAAUUUAUUACAGCUCUCUGAGAACUGUGAACAAAUAACUAUCAACUAACUUUUCAAAUGUGUCAGGAUUUGUAAAACCACAUGGACUCCAACUCAGUGUUUUCCUGCACGGUUGCCCUGUAGAGUCUAAAAGAAGAGAUACAGAGGAGCGCUUGGACUAAGAGGAUGUGUGGCUAAGUGGGGCUCUGCCUGGAGUGGCCUUGCCGUAUCGCCUGGCUGCCUGACAUAGUAUUGCCCUGUGUGUACAGUCCAGUAUUUACUUUAACCCUGUGCCUGCAUCUGAACCUCUCAGUUCCCAGGGCAUAAAACAGUCAAAAGUCAUCAUGCAAGGAGAGACUCUACACUUUAUGUAAAAGCUAAAUAAAGUGUUUUUAUCUAUCAUGA